AUGAUUCGCUUUACAGUACAAGAUGACCAAUGGAAAGUCACUCGUUUUAUUUCUGAGCAUAAUCAUGUGUUAGCAACUCCUUCAAAAAGACAUCUACUCAGGUUAGCUCGAUCAGUUCUGAUAGCUAAAGCUGAUGUCAUUAAUUCAAUGGUUAGUGCUGGUAUACGUCCUACAGAUGUUUACUCCUACAUGUCAAAUGAAGUUGGUGGAACUAGAAAUAUUGGGUUUACAAAACGAGUUUGUUAUAAUUACAUUAACAAACAGAAGAUGAUGAUGGUUGAAGCCGGAGAUGGUCAAAAUGGGAAUGCUAUUUCCUUUGCAUGGUUGUUCAAGUCUUUCUUGCAAUCAAUGGGUAAUCAGUUACCAAAGACUAUAAUGACUGAUGAGGAUCAUGCAAUUAGCAAAGCAAUAGGAGAAGUUUUUCCUGAUUCAUGUUACAGAUUACGUUUAUGGCACAUUUCUAGGAAUGCCCCUUCACAUCUUGGUAAUCUCAAUGGAAAUGUUAAUUUUCAUGCUUUGUUUCAUAAGUGCAUGCAAGGUUGUGAAUCAAAAAUAGAAUUUGAGAAGACAUGGGAUAAAAAUGAUAAAUUAUCAUUAUCUUUAAGAUUAUUCAUGGUUGAAAGGUUUGUACAAAUGCUGUGA